GGUACCGGGAGCGGAGGGAAAGAGCGGGCAGAGCGGAGAGUCUUGGUCUGUGUCGGAGCCUGGCUGGCCGCUCGGCGCCUUUAGACAAAGCUCAGCUAACAGGCUAAUGCUGCGUUAGCUAGCCAAACAUCGAGCGGUAACGUCCGCAAAUAUCGGAAAAUGCAACCGCGCUAAUGUGCCAGGAGUGCGGAAAAUUAGAUUCCGGCGGCCGAUAUAUCACCCCGACACGCAUUUCGUCAGCCCCUCGGCCUCCGUGGGUGCUAUUACCGACGUGUUACGGCCUCGACGCGGAGCUGUGCUCCGUUAGCCACCUAGCUGUUGCUGUGCCCGCCAUCUUUUAAAGCAGGUAAAUGGAUGUUUGUGCGGAGCUCGAAGUGGAGCGGCCAGAGCCGAGCUCCAGCCAACUUCACCGGGGCUGGAGCUCCACCGACACUCCGAGCCGUCGGGGUGUCGGUGCAGCCGCCACGUAAGGUCAUGUGUGCGGUUUGCCUUGUGCAACGGCGGCUCGUAGCGGUUAGCUUGGCUAUUAGCAGCACACAGGCGGCCCCGGGCUACUGCAGGACGGGCCCGGGUCUGCACGGAUUUGCCGCUCCGGGUCCCGGUCCCGGAUUUAGACGGCCUGAUGGGGUCUGUUGGGUGCGGGAGAUCAUAGAACGGGUAUUAUCUGUUCAGGCCCAGGUCUGUCCAGGACAUGCCCACUUAGGUACACCAGUUCGCAUAACAUCAAUACCGUCCUGUUUUUGUUUUGUUUUUUUAAAUAAAUUGUCAUCGGUUUGACAUUCAGAGCCUUUUCUCUCAUUUUGACUCGUGGUGUUGCUUUAAAUCAGCAGGGACUCCAGGUAGAGACUGAAGGCUGGACUACCCACAGAUCUGUUGUCUUAAUUCCAUCAGUUGUGAUUAAAAUAUAAAAAUGUUCACAGCAUACUUUGUUUUCACUUUAUUGCCUUUUGGAUUUGUGACAGUCUCAGAAAUUUUCAUUAACAUAAAAUAAUAAUCUGUAAUGUGCCACCUGUGGCUGUAAGAGUAUUUUAAAUGUGGACAUAAUUAAAAACUAAAAAGUGAUCAGGUAAUGGAUUACAGGAAACAUUGAGUGACUUUUGAUUAAUAGUUAUUUAUUUGAAUGUUUAGCUGAACGGGAUCAGACGGCUGCUCUGAUUGGAUAAACACGAGUUUCCCUCAGAUUUCUGCUGUGAUCAUUGUAGACUUUAAUUCAGGGUCAAUGUGGUCAAAGAAAUCAUGCUAAUGACAGAUUAAUAACUAAUGUUUGUAAGCAAACCGACACAUUAACAAGAACAGUUACAUAACUGUUAUCACUUGAUGCAUUAUAGACCUAUCAAUAAUUGAGCUUCAAAUAUACUGACAGCCCUGAUUUGCAUCUCAUCCGCUGCUAUGAACAGUUAACAGCCUCUCGGGCCUUCAUCAGACGGUCUUACUGCACAAAUCAAGCCAUCGUAAAGCUAAACUUUGUUGGUACAUUCUUGUGACAGGAACUCAAACAGGAAAUAAAGAAAGUGUAAAGUAAAACACAUGGACACAUCCAGAUCAGAGAGAAAAACUCAUGCAGUAAUCCUGGACCUGCAGCAGGUCAACAACAGCUGAUGAGUCACUGCACUUUUAUCAAUGGACUCCAGUGAGAGAGGGUUGGACGUGUACCGCGAGGAUUAGUUGAAUAAAGUUUGACUUGGGACCUGCCCACAUGGCGUUAGGCCUGUUGAUGCAACAAAUGACUGAAUUUUUCAGCGUUGGAUGUUCUCUGAUUACUAGACAGAUUAUUGGUUGGUGGUUGGAUAAUCUGUCAGUUUAUUAAUAACAGUCGCUGCAGCCUUGAUUAUCUGCUGUUGAUAAAUCUGAUUGUGGCCUGAGAGUCAGAUUCUAAUCAGCGCGAGGCUCAAGGAUCAGCUGUGUGUCUGAUGCUCUGGAUUAUUAGCUCCUCGGUGUUGUAAUCAAACUGGGUUCAUGUAGAAAGUAACAGUUUGUAGGAGUUGGAAAACUUUGGUGAGCUUCGGGCCUCCUCCAUGCAGUUUGUAGCUUCAUGAAGCUCCAGAUGUUUCAGCAGGCGGUGGUCCAGACUGCACGUUGCUCCUAAACCUGCCUUCACAGGUCACAGUCUCCCCCUGCAUGUGCAGAGAUGCUGCUUUGACCUGAGCGAUGACAACAACCUGGAUGUUCCCUCUGCUCUAGAGCCCAGCGUCCAUGAUCUCGAGUCAGAAUCUCAACUUCUGAUUGGUCAAACCACAGCACAGCUUCCACUCAGUGUACCUUGAAUGAGUUCAGACAGGAGGUGCAGGUGUUUCUGGAUCCUGGUUGGAGGAGUCUGAGCUUUCCGAGUCCAAGCAGUGAUUUCGACGUCAGAGUCAGGUCUUAGGGUCUGACCUCCACCAACCUCCACCCACAGCCUGCAGCUCUGCAGCUGCGCCUGUCGUUCAGGUUUUUCUGAUCUGUAGGUGAUGAUUCCUUCUGAGUGACCCUCACCGCCUCUCACAGAGCUGAAGCGCUCAGCCUUCUGGGCUGGGCUUUUACACCCAGUCAUGACACUCACUAACCUCGUUAGCUGCCAGAUGUUGAAGCAGCUGUUUUUAAACCUUUAUGUACAGAUGUGUGCAGCAGCUGAGCCAGGCUUGUCCUGGAAGCUCUCUGAUGUGUUUGCACUCAGAGAUCAAACAGCCGGCUGCCAUUUAACCUGUUACACUUCAUUCAUCGCCCAGAGUUUAAAACCUCGCUGAGCCCCGCCUCCAAAGAUCUCCAGAACGCUUCAGAGAAGACUCGCUCUUACCGAAGACGUGAAGCUGAGUGUCAGGACUAAAUGACCGACCUGAGCUGAAGUUUCAGUUUUUAGCGUCUUCCUCCAAACGUAUGGUGGCAAACAUCCCUCAUCCUCCAGCUUCUCAGAGCUCGUUCGUUUGUGUUAGUGUAACCGCGGCGCCGUAGCUAGCUGGACGUCACCGUCCAUCCAAACGUUGCCGCUGUACGAUUAAGUUCUUAGAGAGACAUCAGCUUUAGAUGGAAACCAGCGAGCUGACUUUAAACUCCGAUCGCGGACUGAAUGUUUGGACAGGAAAAGGUCGUGCGAUGGGAGUUUGUCUCUUCGGGGAACACUUGAGCUGAAGCGGCUGAACUGAACACGUGCACGGACACACACCUGUGCACACACACCUGGCCUCGGCCCACAGAAGGAGUGCUUUUUCACCUUCCGGUCAGACGCUGCCGUCCCACUGUGCAUCGCUGCAUCACCGUCGUCCACCAUGUCGGACGCCCCCGAGGCUGCGCCCCCCAGCCCCCCUCCACUCACCAACCCGCCCCCCCCUGAGGUCACCAACCCCACCAAACCGGGCAGGAAAACCAACCAGCUGCAGUACAUGCAGAACGUGGUGGUGAAGACGCUGUGGAAGCAUCAGUUUGCCUGGCCCUUUUACCAGCCCGUGGACGCCAUCAAGCUGUGUCUGCACGAUUACCACAAAGUGAUCAAAAACCCGAUGGACAUGGGAACCAUUAAGAAGCGCCUGGAGAACAAUUAUUACUGGAGCGCCAGCGAGGCUAUGCAGGACUUCAACACCAUGUUCACCAACUGUUACAUCUACAACAAGCCCACAGACGACAUCGUCCUCAUGGCUCAGGCUUUAGAGAAGAUCUUCCUGCAGAAAGUCGCUCAGAUGCCUCAAGAAGAAGUCGCUCUGCUGCCUCCAGCUCCCAAAGGCAAGAACAAGAGCAAACAGCCGGCCGCCACCACAGUGAGUCAACAGGCAGAGUCUUCAGCCUCCCCUCCCCCCUCUUAUCCCUCCCCCUCUCCCUCUCAGACGCCAGUCAUCUCGACCACGCCCACACCAGUCCAGGCCACGCCCCCUGUGUCUGCACCUCAGCCUCCUGCGACCUUGAUGCCAUCUGCCCAGCCUGUGGUUAAGAAGAAAGGCGUGAAGAGGAAAGCCGACACCACCACUCCAACCACGUCGGCCAUCUCUGCCGGCCGCGCCGACUCUCCCUCCGCUCAGGACGCCAAACCGGCUAAACUGGCCUCGUCUCGCCGCGAAGCCGCCGCCCGCCCCACCAAGACCCGGCGGGACACCGGGGACGACCUGGCGGCUGGGGACAUGGGUGCCGGAGGCGUCGGCCCUGGGGGGAGGAAAGGCGGUAAGCUGGGCGAGCAGAUGAAACACUGCGACGCCAUCCUGAAAGAGAUGCUCUCGAAGAAGCACGCCGCCUAUGCCUGGCCCUUCUACAAGCCCGUGGACGCUGAGGCGCUGGAGCUGCACGACUACCACGACAUCAUCAAACACCCCAUGGACCUCAGCACCAUCCGGAAAAAAAUGGAUAAAGGCGAGUACAGCGACCCUCAGAGCUUCGCCACUGACGUCAGGUUAAUGUUCUCCAACUGCUACAAGUACAACCCCCCAGACCACGAGGUGGUGGCCAUGGCCCGCAAGCUGCAGGACGUGUUCGAAAUGCGUUUCGCUAAAAUCCCUGACGAGGGCCUGGAGGCGUCGGUCCCCACCACGACACCGGUGGUCAGCAAAAGCACCGCCUCCUCCGACAGCAGCAACAACUCCUCCUCUGACGAAUCAUCCGACUCUGAGGAGGAGCGGGCCACGCGAUUGGCUGAGCUACAGGAGCAGGUUGGUGCUGCCGACCAAUCACAGUUGAAGGCGGUGCACGAGCAGCUGGCGGUCCUGUCCCAGGCGCCGGUCAGCAAGCCAAAGAAGAAGAAAGAGAAGAAAGACAAGGAGAAGAAGAAAGACAAGGAGAAAGACAAGGGAAAUAAAGGCAAGAUGGAGGAAGAGAAGAAGCCAAAGGCCACCGCCCAGCAGCCCAAACCGGCCAAUCAGAAGAAGGCGCCAGCCAGAAAAGCCAACAGCACGGUGACGGCAACCAGGCAACCCAAGAAAGGCAGCAAGACGUCGGGCAGCGGCUCAGCCAACGGGGACGACGGCGAGGAGUCAUCGCUGCCGAUGUCGUACGACGAGAAGCGGCAGCUGAGUCUGGACAUCAACCGGCUGCCGGGAGAGAAGCUGGGCCGCGUCGUGCACAUCAUCCAGACCAGAGAGCCGUCGCUGAGGGACUCCAACCCCGAUGAGAUCGAGAUCGACUUCGAGACGCUCAAACCCUCUACGCUCCGAGAGCUCGAGCGCUACGUCAAGUCCUGCCUGCAGAAGAAGCAGAGGAAGCUACUGCAGAAGGCAGCUGGAGGCGGGGCCUCAGGAGGCGGGGCUAGUCGUUUGAGUGGCAGCUCCUCUUCCUCCUCCGAUGACAGCUCCUCGACAGGAACCUCCUCAUCUUCCGACACAGACUGAACACACGUUCACACAUACAUGUGUUACUGAACACACACACACACACACACACACCUCCAUCCUGAACAAACACAAAGACAGAGAUACACACUCUGAACUUGUUACACACACGUUUAAACACAGAGAGACUGGAUGUAAAUAGGCUGACCUGUUUGUUUGUUUGUUUUUUUUAGCUCCUAGUGCUUUUGUUUUUUGUUUUUGUUUUUUUCCGCUAUUGGAGGACUGCAGACAGAAGAAGAAAGUGAUGGAGGAGGAAGGAUGUGGGCGGAGUCAGGUAGAGCGAUGGGCAGCCGGUCUGGGAGUCUUACUGAUCGGUGGACAGAAAUGCAACCGUUGAGACUUUCUUUCUUCGUCUUUUUCUUCUUCGUGGACCGCCGGCGGUGACCCCUGACCUCUGAAUACAUUCCACAAGUAUCAUUGGAGAGGAGGAGUAGGGGAUCUCAGCGGGUUUGUGGAUACUGAGACGACUGAACGCAUCUCAUGUUUCAUUUGAAGGUGUCAGCAGCGCUGCAGCAGAGAGAAGACCUGACAAUGUCAGCGUGUGACAUCACAGAACAGUUUUACAGAAAAGCGUUUUUUCUCUGAACCUGGUGGCAAGGCGUUGUUUAGCCCCUCCUUCUGAUGUGCCGUCUGCUACUUUAAACUGGGAUUGAGAAAACCAGCGAGGUGGGAAACAGACAGGAGUAAGGCGGUGGGCGGGGUCAGCAGGAAAAUACAGUUUAGCAGUUUAAAGGUACUUUUUGUAAAAUCCACUUUAAAUGUCAAAAUUAAAAGCUUUUCAAAUUAAAAGUGUGUCACUGAGGUGAAAAAGGAGAAACUUUAGUCUAAUACCAGUUUGUGCCACUAGAUGAAACCAGCGUAAACUUUAUUUAAAACGGGUAUGAGCACGUUCCUGUGCCAGUGUGAAAACGAAGAGGACAAGGCCUGACCUCAGUCAGUGGUGACAUGGUGCCCCCUGGUGGUGGAAUGUUUAGUUACAUUCUGCAGAAGGUUGUUACAAAAAGUAUCUUUAAUUCAAAACUUUAUUUAAACCGUUUUGAGGUAUUUAUGACGGGUCACUGACGGUGCCAGGCUCCACCCGCAGAAACCCUGAUUUUGUUGAUGGUGGUUGGUUCAGUUUGGCGUUAAACCCUUUAAAACACGUAACAGGAAACUGCGUGCCUGCAGGUAGAACAGAGCGUGCCCAUGCCGCCUGCUCUGGAUCUGAUUCCCCAUAAGGUAACGCUUUAAAAAGUGUCCGAGUGGACUCUUGACGGAUCGUCUCAGCGGGAAAUAAAGGUUUGGGGGUUUUUUUAACCAGAGGUUUUUAACUGAUUGACCCUUUGGAUCGAACCGGCUUCUGGAUCUUUCAACUCCACCUUAAAAACCUCUGAGACCAACCCUGCUCCCUGCUGGUCCUGCAACCCAACAUACAACUUCCUGUCUGUCCCUGGGGUCAUCGUGGCAGUGUGGGUGGGGGGGGUCACGAGAUCCUGACCCCGCCCCCAGCACGACUCUGUCAACAGAGAGACGUUGAUUUAUUUUUUUUAACACUACAUUUCCUGUUUUUGAUUUUCAGGUUGUGUGCUGAACUUGUUUGUGUCUUUUAAGGUUCUCUAUAUAAAAUGUCUUUGUAUUGCUGUCCUGUUCAAGCGCCGCCCCCAUUCUCACCCCGCCAAAAAAGAACCACUCAUACUGUACCGCCUCCUGUCAGGGUCCAAACUCAGAGCGCCUCGUUUCUUUUAAAGCUUUUUAGACGAUUUAUUUUAAGGUUUUAUUGCUUGCUGCAGCUCGGAGUACAUCAGGACGCCAGAAACGAUUUCUGAGGAAAAUGCCACGCCCACCGCAGUCACGACUUAUUAUCAUGAUUUCAGAAUAAAAACGUCUGUCGGCGGUCUGUCAAGCGCUCGACGGAUGUUUGUGGCUUACGUCGGGCAAUGUGGCGCCAGAUUUCUGAUCACCUGACAUCAGAGUCAGACGGAUAGGCCUUCUGUCGCCCUCUGACCUAUGACCUGUGGUUAGACCUCCAAUGGUGUUGGGCUCUCUGGGACACGGCCAUAGUUGUUCUUUGGCCUGGACGCCGUGCCGGUUCUUGGCAAAGGAAAUAUCGACAAACAGAAAGUUUGGUUUCUCUGAAAAAUUCAUCAUGACGUUGACCGCCGCGUCCUUGGUGGCGUUCUGAAUUUUGUAAAAGCUGCAGAGCGCAAACAAAGAUGAAUCAUGAAUAUUAGACGUAGAGUUUCAUUGAAACUGUUGAAUUGACAUGCCCAAUGAUGUAAAUGGUUUCCGAUUGGCUGGAGCUGGGGGGGCGUGUUCAGUAAAAUCUCACCUACCCCGGCUCCUCUGAUUCCUGAUUAUUGGCAACCUCCAGCUGGAGAUCAGUUUACCUGUGGCGCCCCCUGGAGGUAACCUGGUAAGAAACCUGGAAAUGACAGGUGUUGGAGAAUAAUCUGACGUCGUGAUCACACGACCUCCAGGUGGCACCACAUUGUCCUCUGUUGUCACGGAUCUGUCCUUUAGCCUGCACGUUUUGUUUUGCGGGCGCGUUACAACUCGACGGACGGGGCAAAGCGUUCAAUCGGAAACCCCUGCGACAGAUAGGCGGACAGCUCGUUGCCACAGUAACCCUCCUCUUUGUUUUUAGUUGAUGGUCGAGCUUCGACGCUCAUAGUUAAUUUUGUAUUUUAAUAAGAAAAGGAAACAGUGGUUUUAUGUAUUGCAUGCACUCCGGCCGUACGUUUUUCUCGCGUAUGUUUGAGCGCUGUAUAGUAGCUGUAAAGUAGCCAUCUGAGGUUAGAGCGAGCUCCACUCGUAGAGACGCAGAGGGGACGAAACAACAAGUGAAUUAUUUGAUGUAAUUACUGAUAUGGGAUCCUUAUUUUCUGAGUUCAUUUGUUUUCAUAAAUAAACACAUAAACUGAA